CUGACCUAAAGCAAAAAUCUAAAAAACUCUCGGUAUGAAUAAUUAAGACCUUUAAUAAACCAUGCUUAUUUUGAACAGAUUUGCACACAAUUUUUUAAUUUGUUUGCUUUAGUGGAUGAUGUUUAGUGGAUGAAGACAAAAAAAUUACCAGCAAUCACUAUAAAAUGUUAUUAUUCCAAUGUGCUCAUUGAAAUAGUUGGAUUAUCUAUUUGGAUAUUACAAGUAUAAACAAGUAUUACAUUAACACAUAUACACACACAUUCACUUACAUAUGCAUAUGAACAAAUUAAUAGGGUGCAUACAAACACAUCCGCAUUAAUAUACACGAACACGUAUAAAAUGCUUGUUUAAUAAGUAUGUUAAUAUUAUCUUGGCAGUGUAACAAUCUAUCGUAUCAACAUCUUAUCUAACAUAUACACACACAGAACUUAGAAAAUCAUAUGAAUACACAUACAUUAAAAAAAUACAUACAAAUGUAUUUCUAUAAAUAUAUUCAAUAUAAAUCUAUAUAUCGAUUUUAGAAUCAUAUCACAAUGUGUGAAGUUUUGUAGGUACAUAAGUAGUUAUGAUCUUCUGUGCGUAUAGUAUAUAUGAUUACUUUACUAUACUAUUGUGUUGAAUAAUAAUAGUAAUAAUAAAUAGUGACCAACUAUUAGAAUUAUCUUAGACUAAGUUUAUUUUAGCAUUUCUUAUUGUGUUAUUUAAAGAAAGAAAGAAAACAAUGUAUAAAUUUAUGUGAGAUAUAUCCUUUGAUUCAUUUAAACAAAAUAACAGUGGAUAGAUACAAGCGUGUAUUUAUUUAUGUAUCAAAUGUAUAUCAUUAAAACAAAUUAUUAUUAUUAUUAUUAUUAUUAAAAAAAAGGAUAUCCAAAAAACCAAUGUUCAUUAAAAGUGAAUUAUCUGGAUGUAAAAUUGAAUUAAUCGAUUGUUUCGGUGAACAUCAAUCACAAUUAUUUUAUAAUCGGAUACGUAUAUAUAAUCCAUGUUGGAUUAAAUAUGGUAAAUCACAAUUUGAUGUCAAAUUAGGUUAUACAAUACCAUUAGAUUUAAGUAAUGAUAAAAAUAUACCAAUUUUAUGUACACCUAUACAUUUCUUUCAACGUUUACAUGAUAAACAACAAAGUCAACAACAACAACAACAACAACAACAGCAACAACAUAAUCGAAAUUCAACUAGUGGAUAUAUUCAAUCAAAACAUUCAGAUUCUAAUAUUGUUCAUCGUAAUAACAAAGGAACUACUGGAUUAAUGAUUCAAUCUAUAAAUGAUUCUUGUAAAGAAUUAUCAAAUUCAUUGACGAAUAAUAUUGAUACAAUGGAAAAUGUAUCUAAUGAUAAUUUUAUAACAAAUGAUGCUUUAGCUACAAUACGUGUAUAUUUUCCUGUGAAAUUAAUGAAAUCGGCAAAUGAAUUAAAAAUUAGCUCAGACCUUAAAAAACGAUUUCAUCUUUUACCGCAUUUACAUGAAUUCGUCGCAUAUCCCGAAUUAUUAACACUGCCCAUAGAUCAACUGAGUACGUGUAUUUUAAAAGGUUUAUCGAUGGUACACUCAUUGGUACAAUAUACUCUGUCAGUACCAAAAGAAUUGUACAUAUUACAAAAGAAUCACUUAACAGCACAUGGAACUGUGAAUAACACUAACGACAAUGAUAAUGAGAAUGGUAAUAAAGUCCCAAAAUCCGAUGAAAAUAAUGAAUCUACAUCACCACAAGAGAAUCGUUUUAUAAUUGUCAAUCGUGGUAUUUACAAUCGACUGAAUGCACUGAUUCAAAUACAAAAUACAGAAAAAAUGAUAAUAAUGCCCAAACGUAUUCAAUGGUCAUUAGGUUUGAUUAAUAACCGUAAAAAUUCUUCAUUAAAUCAGAAAUUUAUCGAUUUUAAUUAUUUAACAAAUUCCUCAUCAUCACAACUAACUAAUAAAACCAAUCGUUCUAUAUAUUCUCUUCAUAAAGAGUUAUUGACUAAUAGUGAUGAUAAACAUAAUGAUGAGAAUAUUAUCCAUAAUUCCAACCAAAACAGAGCUGAUAAUCAUGACAAAGUCAUUAACAAUAAUUUCUGUAAUGGUUAUUUAAGAAAUUGGGUUGGACUGUCGAUUUCUGAUCAUGACGGCGAUGGUAAUCACAAUUAUGAAAAUCAUGGUCAUGUGAACUGUUCAACAAUGAAUAAGACACUGAAUAACACAUUGUCAUCAUCAUUGUCAACAUUGUCAUCUUCUGUUAAUGGUUAUGAUAAUUCCAAUAUUGAAGCUUAUUCAUCUGCUACAGAACGUUCGUCACUUAUGAUGAAACCAAAUGAUCAUUCAAACUCGAUUAAUAAUGAUAAUAAUAAUAAUAACAAUAUAAUGAAUAGUAUUCGAAUUGCUUUUGUUCGUCGUGAGUCAUCUGAAUGCGGUAAUGCAAUAGAUUCGUGUUUUCUUCAAAAUAAAUAUUCACCUGCUAAACUGCGUAGAUCACGACUUCGUGGAACGGAUAGCUUAGUUAUUAAAUUCAAAAGGCACAAUCUUUCAAGAAAUUAUUAUCCUAGCGAAUUAGUUCCUAAUUCUAUUGUGCAAUAUAAUGAACAGUCAAACUGUGAUAAGUUUUUCAAUCCUAAUACUAUUUUUAUGACUACCAAUACUACUUCUACCAUUACUACUACUAACACGAGUGUUAGUAGUGAUAGUAGUAGUAAUAAUAGUCACAAUAAUAGUACUGAAAAACGUAUGCGCUGUGAUCAAAAUAAAAUCUUAUGUAUUUUAACUUCACCUCUUAAUUAUUCGUCUAAUUAUUAUCCCAGGAAUACAUGUUAUGAUAGUUAUCAGAAUCAUCCUCAUCAUUAUCACCAUAAUAACCGUCUAUUAUCUCCAACUACACUGACCACAUCAUCUAUUGCGUCUCGAGUGAAAUGGGGAGCAAAUUUAACAUUGUUAUCUAAUUCUCUUAAAAAUUGUCAUGACACCAAUGACAAUAUACAAACAAAUUAUCCUGUAAAUCAUCAAUAUGAUUCUGAAUCGAAUACAAAAGAAUUGAAUCAAUUUACAAAUGAAUUUAAUACAGAUAAAGUUUUUUUAUCCCCAUCAUUAUCGUCAACAGUGAUGCUUAGAACUUGUCAACAUGAUUUAGAUAAGAUAAUUCUACAUCCCAGACCUAGGAUACCACCGAAACGUUUGGAUUUAGCCAAUCAAGAUUUGGAAUUAGCUCUGAAAAGGAGUCUUAGUGAUUGCACAAUGCAGUCAUCUAAUAAAAAUUAUCACAAUCGUUCAAUCAAGAAAUCUUUGGCUUAUACAGUGCGGUUAAAUAGCCAACAUACUGGGAACAGGGAUUCAACAAAUAAAAACCUUGUGCGUCGAACAAAAGCAGUCUUACGUUCAAAAAGAAAACGUCACAAAACAUUUACUAAUUCACGUCGUCAGAAAUCCAAGGCUAGUAAUGUUAAAGGCCAAAGACAUAAGUCUAGUGGAAAAUCUCCCAUUCCUAAUUCAACAGACAGUAGUUCUGUUUCAACUCACUCACACAUUAUUUCAGAUGAUUCUGUAAUUAAUGAUUUGAAUGAAAGUGGUGAUCGACUGAUGAAUGACAACCUAUCACGUCUUCCAUUGCCAAAACUUACUUUAGCUAAAAAUAGUGUUGGUGAAUUUAAUGUAGUUGAAAAUCGUGAAGAGAACACUGGCAAGUUUCCUGAAAUAUGUGAUCGUAAAACUACUACUAACAACAGAAUGGCUACUAGUAUGAGUAAUAGUAAUAUCGAUAAUUCAGUUCUGAAUAGCUGUCAGGCAAUAAUUAGUCCGUCGUCAUUAUCGUCAUCAUCAACAUCAUCUAAGGUUACAAUAUGUAAAUCUUUAAAGCGGAAAUCUGAUAAUAAACAGCGAGCAAAUUGUUUGAAUAAUGACAGAAUAGUGAAUAAGAUUUCUCAGAUCAAUUCGGAAGUUUUACAGGAUUCCAAUGAUGUAGAUAAUAUUAAUAUUGAUGAAUUAAAGCACAGCUCUAGAACGGUUAUCAGCUCGGUUGAUAACCUUGAACAAAUGGCAACAACUGCCACAGGAUCUAUCAAAACUGAUGAGGAACAUUCUACAUCUACAACAAAUUAUCGAUAUACACCUGUUGUGGAUUGUGUUGUAUCGAAUAAAUCUACUACAGAUUCAACAAAUCUAUCGUCAGUGUCGCCUGAGCAAGUAACACAGUGGGAAAUUCCGAAAUCCACCAGUUUGACUGAUAAUUCCACUGCAUUAGGAUUUGUACAAUCUGUAGUACAUAAUACAUCAGUUAAUCCUUCUUUUGCGUUAACAAUAACAUCAAGCAUACCUAAUCAAACCUCCUGCGGUCAUUCCAUAAAUUUCACUAGUCAGCAUCAAAAUAUUUCACAUUUAUCUCCAAUUAACCCUGUUACCAUGUGGAGUCGUUUAUCCAACCCUUUGCCAGCUCCAGAUCCUCCAACAAAACUAUUUAAUACUAAACGUGUUCCAUUUCAACAUCCUCCUCAACUUACUUCUGCUAUUAAUAAUCAAAAGUUUCAACAAUUGCCAGUCAUUGGAUCGGGUAAUUCUAUUUGCAGCACUCAAGGAAUUCCACAAACACUAUUCACAAACCAUUUGCCUUAUCAUAUAACAUCGAAUUCCACAACUAUUCCAAUCGAUUCAGUCGUUCAUUUGCCUGCUGAUGCCUACCUAAAACAAAAUAUGAAUACUAAUGUAAUGGGAUUGGCUACAAAUCCUUUACAAUAUUCAACAUUAUGUAAUCCUAGCCCUUUAAAUGAUUUAAAUUGUAAACAGUUUUUGCAAAAUUUAAAUAAAAUGCAAUUGAGUAGUCAACUUUAUUCAUCUUUUCCUACUCCUAUGCACCUGUCUCUACCUCCAUCGCUCGUUCCAACUACUCAGUUUUCACUAGCAUCGUCUUCAUCAUCACCAGCAGUAUCAUCACCCGUCUUCAAUAGUGGAAAUCAAAUUCAUCAUUGGCCAUGUACAAACUUCCCAUCAAAUUCAAAUAUUUCCAAAUUAACCGGAAAUAUCCCUGUAGGUUAUGAUACUGCAUCAUUAUUAAUGCCUUCUGGAGAUCCAAUUUUAAAUAAUUCCAACAAUAGUAAUAAUAUUCAAAAUGGUUUCUUAUCAUAUCCUUUUUUACUUCCUAAUUCAACAUUUACAAACAUUGGACAAUUGAACUUAUGUAAUUCAACUCCUUUGCUAGGAGCAUGUCCACCAUCUUUGCAAUCAAUACUUGGUGCAUCAUACAUUCUUGGUGCGCAGAACUUUAAUAAUAAUAAUAAUGGUAAUAAUAAUGACCAAGGUCACAAUCGUAAUACUCUUCAAAAUUGUAUCUGGCUUCCUUAAUCUUAUUGAUAAACUUUUCCAAGUGUAUUGUAACUCAGUAGUUAGAUAAAUAUGCCCAUCUUUAUGUGUGUCUGCGUGCAUACGUGCCUACUAGCCUGUUUUUGUAAUGCUUAUGUGAUCAACUGUAUUAUAAAUAUUAUGAUAUAUGUCAGUAAUAGCAAUUGUUUUUUCUUAAAACACAAAUAAGCAUGUAAAGAUUUACAAAAUAGUUGAGAAAUGUAUAUUCACUUUCUAUAUAUAUAUUUCUCUAUUUUGUUUGUAUAUGUGUAUUUUACCUGGUCUUCACUUAUACCCUGGUUUAUUAAUUUACCAUGACAGUCUUUUCUAUCCCUCCCUCCCCCCUCUCUCUCGAUAAUAUCUGUAUUGGUUUAGCUGUAUUUAUAAAGAAAUGGAGAGCUAUUGAAAUACACUUAAACUCCAUGAUUUUCUUUUGUUGCUUUGUGUUGUGUAUAUAUUCAUGAGUUGAACAGGGUGGAAAUAGUUUAAAUGAAAUUAUUUACCUGAAUUUUAUGUCUCAUGUUUGAAUAAUUAUCAACGUUCAGACUUUAUGCUUCUGUAAUUCUGUCAAUAAUUUAACUACGAAAUGAUAUCCUACGAUAUUGGACUCAGGAAAUAGUUAUUCGAUAACAUAUAUGUAUGUAUAUUCAUUUAUUAGGUCAAUUAAUAAACUAGAAGUGGAAUAUUUGAUAAUAUAUAGCUCACCAUCAUU